UAUUUCAGUAGAAAUGAGUGCGUCAAUUGAGCAACUGAACAGAAAUCCGCUUCGAAGCAUUUUGAGUAGUUGAAAUCUAAAUUUGUUAUUUCGUUAAUAUUUAGUGUAAAUUGUGAAGAAAAGCAGAGCCAAAAAUGGCUUCAAAAAAUCUAAUUUAUUCUGUGGUGAUUUUCCUGGUGAUAUCAAGUCAAUUCACAAGUGCUGAAAAUGAAGUCGAAUGGCAAGCGAAAUUUGAUCGAGAAUUCAUGAUUGUGAUGUUGGGCGAACCAGAUGAAUUUGUGUUGCUUCUUAAAUUUUUGAAAACGGGACCAUCAAAUGCGACGCUACGUUUGGUGAGCAGCAAUCCCGAUGUAGUGCAAGUGUAUAAGACGAUUCCGUUGGGUGAAGCCGGAGAAGUGUGGAAAGAAUUUCAGGUUGAUAUUCACCCACUCGGUCUUGGAAAUGCCAAUAUUACGGUAGAAAUCACUAGGAAAGGCAAAAAAGAUAUACUAGACAACCAUAUGGCAGUUUCAGUUACACGCAAUCACAUGAUCAAGAAGUUUAAAGCCCAAAAUGUCUUAUUUUACCUCAAAUUAAUGCAAUAUUUCUACAUUUUGAUGAAUAUCUGCUUCGGGGCGGCUUUGAAUGUGAAAAAACUCACGGCGAUUUUAAGGAAUCCAAUUGGACCGAGCUUAGCACUUAUUUCGAACUUUGUAAUUUUACCUUUGACAAGUUUCAUACUCGGCUUGAUCUAUCUACCAAAUGUCGAGAAUCAACUAUUUUUGUUCGGCAUUGGACUAGCAGCAAUGAGUGUGACUCAUGCAUCGAAUCACUGGACGGUCGUUUUAGGCGGAAACAUCGAUCUAUCGAUAAUGAUAAGCUUCAUAUCGCUUUGUUUGAGUUUUGGCUUAACAACACUGUAUAUCUACUUAAUUAAAGUAAUGUACGAUAUUGACCAUCCCGAGAACAUGUUGCCCUAUAAUUUGUUCAAAGAUAAUUUAUACCAUUUUGCCAUACCGCUCGCUGUCGGAAUGAUGAUUCAAAACUUGUAUCCACGAUCGUCAAUGUUUUCCAUGGCUAUUCUCAAGCGAUUAUCACCACUGGCAAUUCUCAAUAUCCAUUUCUUCUACCUGCAAUUCGACCUUGAUUUGUAUAUGUAUGGACUCUUCAAAUGGGUGGAACUUUUACCCGGUUUAAUUUUGGUACUUGUGGUGUAUGGCACCGGUUGGCUUUGGACGCUUGCAUUAAGACUAAAGAAUGAAGACUGCGCGGCUAUCGUUCUUGAGGCGCUCAAUAAAAAUAUCUGUUUGGCCAUGUUUAUAGUGAAAACAAUACAGGAAACAAAUAAUACCGAUGCUGAUAUUUUCCCAACUUCCGUCGUUAUUAUGACUGCUGUUGUGUUGGUGGCUCAUAUGCUGUGGGAGAAGAUUGGUGAAAAGGCCGAACAAAGACAAAGGCGUCUAAUGGAGAAGGAGCUGCAACUAAUCAAAUAUGAAGAGUUUUCGUCGCAAUAUACAAUUGUGGAAAAGAUUUGAAGUGGUAGCAACUCUUUCAUUUUCGUUAUCUGCUGGCAAAAUUACGAACAUUCCAUGAAUCGUCUGGUCACAAGUCGACUACCAUAACGAUAGCUGUUAGUAAAUCAACAACGUUCACGACAUGUGAACAUGCACGCUAAUAUAUUGAACUUUGUUACAAGAAAAAAAUUGCACAUUCACCUACUUUUCUUCUCAAGUACUAUUAUUGUAGUCGCAUCGCAAAAUGAUCCACAGCUAAAUUUAGAAAUACAUUUUCAUUAGCCACAAUAUUAUCUAUUAUCGCUCAAUUCGAAUCAAUAAAAAUUAUUAAUUUAUCUGUUUGAAAAAUGAAAAAAAUCAAAGAUAGCGAAUAAAUUGAACAAAUAAAUAGAGGCUGACGGCUGAACGGCUGUUCUGAGACGGAAUGUAAAUUUAUCAAUCGCAAUUACGGUGAUAGAAGCUUUUCUAGGUUGCGCUUUAACAACCGUCUGCUUAUUCAUUGACAAGAAAAUGUUCGAUUUUGAAUAAUUUUGGUAGUUCUUUUGAGGAAUUCAUAUCAACUUUGUAUCACUUUGUCAUUCCCACUUAGCAUCGGUAUUUCACUUCAGUAUUUCUGUCCGACACCAAAGAAAUUUCCGUCAUUCCUCGUAAAAUGGAUUUAAGCACCGAUUGCAAUUGUUCGCUUCAUUGCUCCGCAUAUACUAGCUGAUUUGGAUUUUUUUCGGUAAAGAUUGUUUACAUGGGAGGUGAGUGACAAUGAAAGAAGUUAAAAUUUUUCUCUUCAUAUGAUUUCUAAUUGAAAAAUUCCUUUUUUAAUGAAACAUUUUGAUCAACCAAAACGUUCUGUCGAUACUCGCUAGUACUAGUACUAACAUCGUUUGUGAAUAUAUCAGUUUGGAUGGUGACAAUGCUAUUCAAACUGAAAUUAACCGAUUGCUCUGUAAUCGCAAUUGAAGCUGUAAACAAAACUAUAGCGUUUGCUUUGAUAUUAAAAGUAGAACUCUCCGAUGAUGACGGUGACUUUUUCGAUUUGCUUCACAUCCCUGUCGAUUUGCAUCACCACCUGUAUUACUCACUCAUUUAUUCUUGACAAAAAUCCCAUUAGAUUACCGUUUAUCAAGUAAAAGCCAAAUUUCUAAAUGAAAUUCUUGAUCUUUUUUCAUCGUUGUAAAUUCACAACAAUUGACUAAAUCUUUGCAGAAAACAAUUUGCUAAUUCCAUUACUGACUAAUACUCUAUCGAUGUGAUAAUUCUUAUCGUGCAAACUUCUAGAUAAGAUAUUGAUGUUCAAUUAAAUUUCUUCCAUUUAUCAACAUUUAUAGCUCGAAUGUCGAAAUAAAGCCUUGAUUGUUAUCACAACUUUAGAUCUGGUGUGUGUUUGUUGUCGGUGUACAUUAAAUUCAAUCCCAGUUGUUUCCCUUAAUUUCAGCGCGUUCAUGUGUUGUUCAACGAAAAUUUGUGUAUAUUAUUUUUAUUCAGUCAGUUUUUGUUGAUGUCAAUCAAUUUCACAUGGUUUAAUUAUCGCCAAAAACAAUACGUUCGGUUGAAGAGUCAAACUGGAACUCCACGGCUUGAGAAAAAAAAACAAUCAUUGCCUGCAUCAGUUUUGCGAUAGCUUUGCAAUGCUGAGCACUUUUAUUUGCUUGCAAAACGUGAUACAGUUCAAAGCCUGAUUAAAAUUUUCAGACAAAAUGCCUGCAGAAAUGGAUUUUUUACUCUACGGCGGAGUUGGGUAUUUCAUAUUUUCCGUAUUUUUUUUUGUUACUUUGGGAAUUUUAUUGAAUUUUACCAAUGUAAAAACCAUUUUGACCAAACCAAUUGGACUUGGCAUCGGAAUAUUUUGUAAUUUUCUGCUGUUGCCUUUGUUGGGCUAUGCACUUGGUUGGGCAUUAUUUAUCGAUGAUUCUGAAACAAAAUUCGGGCUGUUAUUGGUUGCAAUUAGCACAACGGGUGUUGCUUCGAUCUGUUGGACGGUUCUUUUAAAUGGAAACAUUGAUUUAGCCAUUACAAUAAAUGUGAUAAACACCGGUCUAGCUUAUGUUUCGAUACCACUUUGGAUACUUACACAAGGCAGAAACAUAUUCAAUAAUAAUCAAGCUGAAAUUCCUCUCGGCUAUCUAACAUUCGAAGUGAUUUUGUUAGUUUUUUCCUAUGGACUUGGCAUUUUAAUCGGAAAAAAUUUCUGUUCAGAUGUCCAAUGUAUAAAGCACUUAGUAGAAAGUUUUGCAGUGACCUAUUUAAUCGCCACGCUUAGCAUGGGUAUCUACAAUUCUCAUGAACUCUUUUGGCAACUAUCACUUACACUUAAACUUGAGAUUCUUCUCGCUGGAUUUGUUCUUCCCACUUUCGGCUACCUUAUAACGUGGUUAAUAGCAACAGUUUUCAAACUGGAUCAUAAAGAUCGUAUAACUAUUGCCCUUGGAGCAUUCAAUGUUGCUGGAAUUAUGAGUUCGGCGCUUUACUAUGCCAUGAUUCAUCCAUACGUGUAUGUGGUAUGGGUUUUUUACACAGCCAUAUGCGUAAUGACACCAUUUCCAUUGGCAGUAAAUUAUUUGGUGUACAAAAUCAAAGAACGUUUUAGCAAGUAACAACCCGUCGAAGUUAAUAGAAAGUUCGAAUAGAAAUAAUGCCAUCAUUUUUAUUAUCAAGAAGUCGAAACAAAUCAAUAAAUGUGGAAGUUCGAAAUGGUUUGAUCAAACAUUUACGUCAUUCUGAUAAAAACAAAUCAAUUAUUGUUGUUCA